UCCACGAUCACGUACGUGCGCCACCAAACCAUGUCGGCCACCUCGUACGACCGCGCAGCGGAGCUCCGCGCGCUGGACGCCACCUACGCCGGCGUCCGCGGCCUCGUCGCCUCCGGCGUCACCCACGUCCCGCUCAUCUUCCGCGUCUCCGACCAGCACAGUGAGCCGCAGCAGCACACCACCGUCCCUGCCGGCCAAGAACUAGCAGCCAUCCCGAUAAUCGACCUCGGGUGCGGUGACCACGCGGGUGUUGUGGCCGCCGUCCGCCAGGCCGCGGCAGAGUGGGGGUUCUUCCAGGUGACGGGCCAUGGGGUGCCGGAGACGGUGAUGGCCACGGCGACCGAUGCUGUGCGGGCAUUCCACGAGGCCGAUGGUGGUGAGGGUAGUGACAAGGCGCGGCUCUACUCGCGUGAGCCGGCGAGGGCGGUCAAGUAUCACUGCAACUUCGACUUGUACCAGUCGCCCGUGGCCAACUGGCGCGACACGCUCUACCUCCGCAUGGCGCCCACCCCGCCUGACGCCGAUGAUCUGCCGGACAGCUGCCGUAAUGUGUUGUUUGAAUAUGCCCACCAAGUGAAGAAUUUGGGGAACACUUUGCUCGAGCUGCUCUCAGAAGCUCUUGGACUCAAACCAAGCCACCUAGAAGAUAUAGAGUGCAACCAAGCCCAGGUCUUACUGUGCCACUAUUACCCUCCCUGCCCCCAGCCAAAACUCGCCAUAGGGACAAGCCGACAUUCAGACGGUGGCUUCCUAACCAUACUUCUCCAAGACGAAAUCGGCGGCCUCCAGAUCUUAAAGGAGGAGCAGUGGGUAGAGGUCACUCCUACUCCUGGAGCAUUCAUCGUGAACAUUGGUGAUCUCUUACAGUUGAUCUCCAACGAUGGGUUUAGGAGCGUGGAACAUAGGGUUUUGGCGAAGAACGUUGCUCCACGGGUCUCGAUUGCAAACUUCUUCGGAACGCAUAUCGAUCCGACAUCAACAAGGAUUUACUGUCCAAUUAAGGAGUUAUUGUCUGACAAGAAGCUACCGUUAUAUAGGGAAACCCUCGCUAGUGAUUACAUCAAACAUUACUACUCCAUUGGGUUAGAUGCAAAAACUGCUAUUUCUCAUUACCAGCUAUGAACUGGGAUAUGUGGAGAGCCUGUGCUCUCUUGGUGCAAACAAGAACCAUGUAUACCUAGAACAUGAAUAAUUUAGCAAUGUUCAAUGCUAAGAAAUGGAUAGUAUAUUUGCAUACAUGUUAGGCCUU